AUGCCUUCAUCAAAUGCUCUUAAACCGGCUUUAGCUUCAGCUCUUGGUCACUCACGUUCUCCAAGCACUUCCUCGAUAACUUCAGUUGCCUCUGAUGCGGUCCUUAUCCCUACACCUCAGCCAGCACAAACAACAUCGCCCUUAGGACCAUCUGUCAACCAAGUAGAUAUCUAUUCAGGACUUCCACCGUUACUUGUCCCUAAACCUCAGCAGGAAACCGUUCAACAGCGUGAGCACGUUAAUGGAGAAUCAGAUGACGAUGCUGGUGCUAACCAACGAACAUUCGAAGGUGCUUAUGUUCGUACAGCUCUUGGCCAACUUUCUUUUGCUCUGGUAAUUCUCAAGAUUUUUUCUCGUGAGUUCCUUCCCAUUGGUACAGUCUUCACUGUUCAAGGUAUUCUUAUCUUGGUCAUUGCCUUUUACCGUCGUCAUAAAACAAUCAAGGACAUUUUUACCGUUGCUGGAGGUUACCGCGCAGUCUCUCAAGAUCAUAACAUUGUCUUCCAAACAAGUGGGCCAACUGUACUUCUUCUCUCAUCAAUAAGCAUCUUAACCUACAUUGCUCUUUUUAUCCUUAUCCAAAAACUUAGUCCAAACUAUGGUGAUAGUUAA